UUUGACCAAUUCAAAUCGCAAAAUGGCUGCAAUAAUAUCACGGGACUCUUGAUAAUGUCAUGCUCGGUGAGGGGGGAUAACGGGAACGACAUGGCCACACUUUUCCCAACCCCAAUCUAACGUUACUCAAACAGAUAAUAUCCUAUUAGUCGAGCCCGUAACAAGAUGUUUCGCUGCUUCAUUGGACUAUUAAGCGCAUUCCUUCAAAAUUAGACCAUGAAGUGUUUAAGUCUUACUGUCAGUGGCGCAACAGAUUACCACUCAGCCAGCCAAUGACAGGCGGGCUGAUGAUCCCCUCGAUGUGACCGUCUGAAGGGUAAGUGACCGACCCUGAAUCACACAUCACUUACUGCAACACACGCAGCCCAACACGCAUACACACACUUGGUGGUUUUCAGCUUCUGGAGGACGGAAACGUGCUUUGUUUUUUUUUUGUUUUUUUUUCCCCAGAACGGCAACCAGGUGAAGCAAUCAUGUCCAGGCUACAAAAAGUGCCCCUGACAGUGACAAUGUGUGUGCUGCUCUUAGCCACACUAACCCCCAGCGCGGAUGCCCGGCGUGGCGGAGGCUUCAGGGGGGGCUGGGGUGGCAGCAGGCCAGCCUACAGACCGGCCCCUCCCAGGAGCAGUGGCCCCAGUGCCGGUAAAGUUGCCGGGGCUGCGGCGGCGGGGGCCAUCGGAGGAGCCAUGCUGGGCUCCGCCCUGAGUCGCCCCGGGUACGGGUAUGGCGGUGGCUACGGAGGGUAUGGGGGCUAUGGAGGCUACGGAGGGUAUGGGGGCUAUGGAGGAGGUUAUGGCUACCCGCGCUACGGCGGUGGCUACGGAGCCAGGCCUGCGUAUGAGCCAGAGGGCUCUGGAGAUAUGGAGUACUACACCGGAGCAUCCAGCGGGCCCAUCUACAACAGCAUCAUUGUUGUGAUCGGCUCUCUGCUCUCUCUGCUGCUCAUCAUGUGAAACCAGGCUGAGGGUAGCACAAAGACGCACCUACGAUAUGACCCUUGGAACUUUUAUCGAGCCUCAUCUGCACUGAAAUCACCCUUGAGGACAAGAAGUUGACCCAGGAA